AUGUAUUCAAAUAUUUCUAUUAAUGCUACGACAAGCUGUCGUUGUGAUGAGUGUGAAAAACGAGUGAAUCUUCGGCAAAUGUGGGUUUGUCAUACUUGUGCAUGGAGAACACGACGAGCACUUGGACACGACAUGAUUAAAACAAUUCUCUGUCCGAAAUGUGCCUUGUCUCAUCGACGACAUUGGAUGAAACUUAUCGAUGUGCAAGGUGUUGACCCUUUUGAGAUUGACGUCAACAAAAUUGUCGAAGGCCAUUGGACAGAUUUUGAGCAACCGAUUUCA